AUGAAUAGGGCAUUCUCUCCCUUCUUCCUUGCAGUCCUUGUCUCCGUCGCUUUGCAUGUUCAUCAAGUCAGCGGAUUAGAUGCAAACAUUACGAAGAUCAUCAAGGUCAAUCACCACGGAGCAGGAGAUUUCAAGACCAUCCAAGAGGCCAUAAAUUCAGUGCCUGUUAACAACAGCCAAUGGAUACGAAUUCAUGUCUCGGCAGGAGUCUACAAGGAGAAGGUGUGCAUACAAGACCAUCAAGAGUUCGUCCUACUGGAAGGGGAAGGGCGUGAAAAGACGGUGAUUGAGUGGGGGGACUAUUCUGGUGACUCCGGGAACCAUAAUACCCUCACCUCUGCGACCUUCACAUCGCGUGCAGACUAUUUUGUCGCUAAACAUAUUACUUUCAAGGUUUUUCGUCACAAGAACAGCUGCUACAAGAGUUGUGAAUUUUUGCAAUUUAUCUAUGCAUUUCUCUCUAUAUAUAUUCGUUGCAACAAUACAAAGACAGGCGAGCGUGGAUAUUUAUUUAUACUUCAAACCAUGCAGAAUAGUGCAGGUCCUGUAGGGCAAGCAGUGGCAGCUUUGUUACGAGGGAACCAUUCUGCUUUCUACGGCUGCGGCUUCAUUGGCGUCCAGGACACACUUUACGAUCAAAAGGGACUCCACUACUUCAAAGACUGCUACAUUGAGGGCUCGACUGACUUCAUAUUUGGAAGCGGCCAAUCUAUCUACGAGGGAUGCACGUUAUUUACGGUUCUACGACCUGGCUUUCUGACAGCUCAAGGAAGGCAAGGCCCUGCCGAGGACAAUGGGUUCGUCUUCAAGCAUUGUAAUGUGACUGGGACUCAGAAAGUCUUUUUAGGUAGAGCAUGGGGACGUCAAGCACGGGUGAUAUUUUAUGAAACUAUCAUGUCGGACAUUGUGAACCCUCAAGGGUGGAUUGCUUGGCUUGGGCAGGAGUAA